UCCUGGGACAUGAAAUAUCCAUACGUUAAAAAGAAAAACGUGACUCAAAACAUGCAAGUGUAUGUCACUGAUGUUAUGCAAGUGUUGCUUGCUUGCUUGCUAGCAGAGCAGAGGAGUUCCGCAUGUGACCUGUCAACAUUGGGUGGUCUGUGUUAACCUUUGACCUGCUGUGCCCCAGCUACACCUUAGCAAUCAAACUUACACAUACACAAACACUUACAAACAAGUAUAUAUUAACUACACCCUCAGUGUCAAGUAUAACCUCAUAUCUAGUAGUUAAGUGGACAAUGCAUGGGCUGUACUUCAAGCAUACUUCAAGCAAGUAUUUCUCUAUUCUUUCCACACCAGUGUGUUCGGGCAAACAGCUAAAGCCAUAGCUAUCUGGCCAUGAUAGUAUGGGUCUAUAUAUAGAGGAGCCCUGUGACUGAGCUGCCUGUAAGUGUCAGAUUCCAGGGGCACUCAUCUGUCCUGGCUGGAUCAGCACCUGCUGCUAACUAUAAACCCACCCACCCAUCCCCAGCGCUGCACCCUAGCUCAGCUCACACAGGAAAACCAAUGUCCAACCAAACCUCGACCUGGAGAAGAAAAAAGAUCCAGGACAGACUCAGUCUGAUACAUGUCAGUGCCUUUUGCAGUCUGAAGUUGUCUAGCCAGUGUGGCACCGCCAGACUGGUCUAUACGGAACUGCUCAGUCCUGGAUUGAGCUGUGGAUUUCAAGAGUCGGUUCUCUAGAUGAGGGGCAGAUAUUGCAACACAGAGGAACUCAAUGCCCUUUGAAAAGCCUCACCAGUGGGCAAAGUCCAGGAACAGAGCCCAGAGCAGAGUGGUGGAGCAGUCUGCACUGGCCACAGUGAGAAUUUGGAGCUUGUGAAUGAGCAAUGGACAGCUGGACUCUCCAGGGGGACAGCUACUCCUUCCUGCGCAGUGCGCCCCGCACUUUUUCCUUGUGCCAUCGUGACGGCACACCCAACCACGUUGAAAUCUUCGACAUCAUCAAUGUUCCCAGUCAGCGCAGUGCAAUUUCUGAGACUACUUGCCUAUGUGACAUUUUUGGAGACGACUGUGAGUCAUCUUCCCUGUCAAGCAGCCCUGCUGUAGGGGCUUUCAUUCCUUCCCAGAGGGAGGCAGAUGGGAAGGCUGCCGCUUCACCCCUGGUGGAUGAACUGAACGACUCUUCAGGCUCUUACCACAGUGUUCGGGGCUCUAGUGAAGGAGAGGAGUGUUUUGAAGAUUCAAGAGAAAGGUUUUACAGCCCCCUGUUGCAGAGUGAGUCUUCAGAGAGGCAACAGCUAGAGGGACAGAGCUCAGGAAAUACAGAAGUCUCUCAGGACAACAGCCCAAAUCCAGAACCAAAAAGAAAAUCACCAGUAUCUCAGCUUGGUACAGCUAACCCAUCAUCUGAAGUCCAUAACACUGGUGAGAGGACCCCCUCUGCUGGACAUUACAGCCCCCAUACGCUGAGUCCAGAAGGAAUAGCAUCAUCUUUAUCUUCUUCCUCAGCUGAGAAAAGGUAUUCACCAUCACAACCCAACCCUAGGCAAGUGCAUUCAGAGGCUGAACCAAGGAGAAUUACUCCUACUUUCAAAGGAAAACACGACACUCCAAACCCCUCCCCUGAGCCUAAGAACUGUGUCAGCUCAUCCUCUUCUGAAUCAGUGAAUACCAAAUCUUUACCUGAGUUCAGGAUAGCACAAGUCUCACCUGAACCAAGGAGUAGCUACUUUAAUCAACACAGCAGUCCCUCACCUGAGCAAGCUUCCAAAGAUUUUUCUCUAGAUUGUACAGAAUCAGUCCUUGAAUCCAGAGCUGUCCUUUCAUCUCCUUUGCUUUACUCCAGUACUACAGAGUUAUCAUCCCAAUCAAGAGAAACAUUGAUCUCUCCUGAGCUGAAGAACAGGCCCUACUCUCCAGAUACUCAAGCAUCGUCUCCUUUUCCUGAGGUAGAAAGAAGGAUUUCCCUGCCUGAUCUUUUUAGCAGAGGCUCCACACCCGAUAUAGAAGAUUCUACCCACCCACCAGAGCAGAUAUCAGAUCUUUACACUGCAGAGAGAGAUACAAGAAGGACUCCUGAAAGCCAAAGCACAAGGUUAUCGGCUGAAUCUGUCAGUAUUGUGUCCACAUCUGGCCCACGAUACACACCUCCCUCACCUGUCAUUUCAACAGGAACAUCUCCAGAUCUUGUUGACCAUAGUGUUUCACCUGAAUUGAGUCACACAGCUCCCUCACCAGGUCUGCUAAGUGCUGCUUCUUCAGAUAAAGCUGGGACAAGAACUCCUUCUCUAAGAUACAUUUCAUCACCUUUUGAAACUGAGACCAAGGUGUCCUCACCUGUGGUAAGUCUUAGUUUAUCUCCAUCACCUGAAGUUACAAGCAACAAUUCUUCCACUGAGCACAGAUAUACUGCUCCCUCACCUGAAAUCAGGAUUACAGCAUCAUCGCCUGAGGUCGAUAGGAGAGACUGGUCUUGUGAAGCAUCAACCUCUCCUCUCUUAGAGUCUCACUUUGAUUCUGCCUCAUCAAGAAGCCUCAAUUCCUCCCCCCAUAUCACGGGGAUUUCUUACUCUGUUGUUCAACCUGAAGACAGGGAUACUCCCCCAUUUCCUGAGCUCUCUCGUCUCUCCACCCCUGAGCCUGAUAGGACAUUUGUGCCACUUGAUGCAAGGAGCCCUACCCCAAGCAGAGAUAAUAUACAGAGCAGUAUAGCAGAAUCCACACCACAAGACUCACUUCAUAUAGGGUUCACAAGCUCUGUCUUGCAGCCUGAAAUAAUUCAAACACGUCAACCCAGGUACCACACACUUUCACCUUGUCCAAAACAUCACACUUUCUCACCUGAGCCAAGAUAUUCCACCCCUUCAUCUGACAAGUAUCAAAGUCCCUCACCUCAGCACAGAAGUAAAGAGUCAUCACCUGUUGCCCCAUCUCCUGAGCAGAGGUAUCAUCAAUAUUUGCCGACAAACUUCUCCACAGAGGAAAACCUUCAGUAUUCACAGCCUACUCCACCUCUAAGAAACACACCUGAGGUUGAGGCAGAUUCCUCUUCAGCUGAUAUUACAGAAACACGUAACACCACAAGUUUGAAAAACGGGAGUGUGUCACACUCAUUUGAAUUAGAAAGGGCAGGCAAAUCAACUGAAGCUGAAAGCAAAAGCAAAUCACCAGUGGUGGCAGUUCCUUCACCUGUAUGUACUUCACCCUUCUUCUCGGAGGAAAAGGUAGACAGUUCACUGAAACAACAACGUACAGAGAGAGAAGCAACACCAAAGGGAGCAAACCUUCAAGGUAACUCAAGCGUAACCUCCAUCUCUGAAGAAAAACAAGCCAUUGGCCCCACCUUGUUUCAGAAUCAAGAUACUCAUAAUAAUCCUCCCAUUGAAAUUAGGUCUACUUCCCCUAAUCCUCUAGUCUCUAAGGACAGGAGUCUAAGCAUUUCCCUUGUCCAUAGGGCUCCUUUCAAAUCACCUGUACAGAAACUGGAAAACACACAACUUCAAGACACUAGUUAUUACCAGACUCCUGAAAGCAGCAGCUCAUUAAAAACAGGUUGUACACGUGAACACGUGAGAAAACAACAGUCCAGGUUCACAGAGGACAUGGCCCACCAUGUAAACAGAAGGCGGACACCCUCUCCACCACUCACCAGGUUUACACCUGUCCACAUCAUAGCCCCUGAGAAACCAUACAGAGACUGGCAGAACCAAAUCUAUAGCCCCUCUCAGGUUGUUGCUUCCUCACCGAGUGGUAAUUUAAAGAAAGCAGCUAGAAAUAGGGAAAGUCCCAAUGUGUCUCCAGUUGACAAUAAUAGCCAGGCCCACUGGGUCAGGCCUGAAAUGCAAUUGGAGAUGGAGAAGGAAAUGCAGCUGGAGGAGAAUAGGGAGGUAGGCAGGGGGAGGCAAAGAGAGAUGGGAAGAGAGAAAAAGAGGGAGGAGCAGUUUCCUGAAAGGGGGAAGGGGUGGCAGGGGGACACUAGUUACAGAGAGGAACAGGUUGAGCUGUCAUUCAAUGCCAGGAAUAGAAAAGGGCCUGCGAGUCGCAGAGCAGCUUCCACAAGCAGAGAGACCCGUCAGGGACUGCCUACAGCGCAUUCCUAUUCAGAGAGCUUGCUUUCCACAAGACAGCUACAGCAACAACAGAGUCUGCUUAGACUUGCCUCCCAACAAGACACCAAGGGUGGUGGUUCUGGCAGACGGCUUCUACCUCCUGCACCACAGAACAAGAACAGUGCUCCUGGACGAGUGGCCAUUAACAGGUCUUGCCGGAGUUCCAGCUCCAGCAUGGGAAGUGAACUUGAUGAAGCAGACAAUGAGGUGAAGUGGUUUACAGACUUGGCUUUUCACAGUCUGUCAAGCCCUGAGGUAGAUUACCUUGAUAUGUACAACUCCAGCCACCGUUCAUCAACCAACAUUUCUCAACCAUCUACGCAAGAGAGCCCGGCUGGGGUCAGUGCUGCCUGGCUGGCCUAUGCAGACUUAAGGGGUUCUGCUCCAAAGCUGGACAAUGAUGAGCUCUCUGGCCAGCAAGCAUCUGCACACUACUCAGCUGGCCUAGAUCCAUCGAGGUGUUAUGAGAUGGGCAGCUUUGAGUGCAUAGAUGUGGCCGUGGAAAGAGAGGACUCCAGGAAAGAAAGAAAAGGAGUGCCAAAGAGACAGAUCCAGCUGAAGAGAAAGGAUAAUGCUGAAGAGAAGCAGGGUGAGAGCAGUGAAAAUAGUAGUCCUGGGGUUCCAAUGAUGGUGGAAAGUCCUUCUUUAGAAAGUCACUCCAGAGAGACAUUUGUGAGACAAUACAGUACACCAGCAGUAAUGCAGGAAUGUUACACAUCUGAGGGCAGCCCUGAGCCCAGUCAACAAAAUAUAAAUAAAUCGAAACUCUGGAAAUCUGCUUCUCUCGAUGAAACAUGCACUAAAACCAAGAUGGCCACUUGUCUCAUCAAGAGUGUGUUAUCCAAGAAAAUACAAAGUGCUGAUAAACAACCUGAUGAGCAUCCAGGAGAAGAAGUUAGCCCUGCUUGUGAAGAAAAAAGCCCUCCAACAGAGAGUGGAGUUGCACCACUUAGAGAGUCACCAAAACCUGAUGUGCUAAAUCUGAGUUCCAGUCUUCAAUCAGAUUACAGUCUUUCAUCUGAGGGUCUUCCUUUGAGAGGAGACCCAAGCACAAACCACCAUGAAACCAAACCACCAAAAAGCUUUGGAGUGCGAUGCAAUAACAGACCAAGUUCAUCCAGCAGCAACAGGAGUGUUAGCUUUUCACCGACUGUGAGUGAAGAGGCUGAUUCUCAAAGCAGGAAUGUUUCCUCAUUAAGGUCUGAAAUGAAAUCAGAAUUAAAAAUGCCAUUUGAUAGGACACAGUUAAGAACUGUAGUACAACAAGCAGAAGACAGUAAAACGUGGGAUGGAAGGAAGAGUAGUGACUCAGUAAAUGCCACUGCAGGGAAUGUGGGAGCUCCCUCUGCCACUGGACCCAGCACCAUGCAGGCCGGAGUGACAAACAGAGAUCAGGAAUGUGAAAACACAGAGGACCAUAAACAACUGUAUGAGGGUGACAUGGGCACCUGCGCAUCAAAAACACAGGAGAUUACAUUCAAAGCUGUGGAGAAAAAGAAAACCUCCCUAAACGUCUGUCUCACACCUGAGGCAGAAAUCAAACCUGAGGCUUCUUCACCACAUAUGUCUGAAAGAGAAAGGGAGGACAGGGUAGAGACCGGAAUAGAUGAAAAAAUGGAAGAAGGAAAUGGGCAUAAUCAAGUUAAGGUCCCCAUUCACAAAGUUAGAGAUGUGAGGCGACUUGUGAAAAAUACAUAUAAUCUGUCCUUCAAAGCAACUAGUGCUGUAAUGACAUCAAGUCAGAAUGAAGAAAGAACGGAAGAUUUUAUCGAGGAAAGCAGGGAAGAAAUAAAAGAGGAAAGGAGGGAAGAAGUUGCAGCACAGGAGGAGAGGGAGGCAUUUCAAGAGAUAAGAACGGAGGAGAGGAAAGAGGAGUUCAGGGUGGAGAAGAAAGACGAACAGAAUGGGGAGAUGAGGGACACAAAGAUACUUUCCUUAUCGCCAACUCUCAAGAGCAACGAAAACACUCUGUCUCAUUCACAGCCAAUGCAAAUAGAAUGCAAGGCUGUCUGCUGGAGAGAAGACAAAAAUAAAAUGUCCUGUAUCACAAAGGACUCAGAGAACUUAGGUGAAAAACCUCAGGCUCCUCCAAAGUCUGUGAAUGCAAACACACAAAAUUACACAACAGGAGACACAAUUGACAGGCAAUAUCAACAUGAUCUAAAUAUGGCAGAAGAAACACAAGAGAAUCUUACAAAAAUGCAUAAAGUGCUUGAAAAUGAGGACAAACCUGUGGUGAUAAGAACAGACAGAAAACCUCCCCUGCUUGGAAGCCUUCCUAAACUGCCCAGUAAGGAAAGAGAGGUGUCCACUGCUGUAGUGUUAAUAAGGGAUGGAUCCAGCAAGACCAAGAUAUCUGCAUCUGCAGCCCAGGAAGAGGUUCCCACCUCACUCCAAGCUCCAGUUGCUUCACCUUCACCUUCACCUGGGCCCACUACCCCUGGCAAUACCCAUGGUAGCAGUGGCCACUCAGUUUCCAUGUUAUUAAAGGAGAAAGGCUACCAAGCUGACAUUGGAGCAGUGGUGGGUGACAACCAGAAUGCAGCUGGAGGCAAAGGGGUUUCUCAUAAACAUGUGAAUUGCCUGGAGAUCCCCCUUCAGACCACUACUCCUUCAGACAAUGGUCGGAUUGAGUCUAAUAGAGAAAGGACAUUCUCCUCCUCAUCACCCACAUCUGGCCCCUCUGCAUUGUCUGACAACACAGACACAUUUACAAGGACCAGAGAAGAUGAGGGAGUUAGUAUGAAGCCUGCUGUAAAAGAUGCAGCAAAGCGAAAAUGUGCUUCUCCUCUAAGGAAUAUGCUGGAGCAAACACCACUUUCCAUCAAACAGAAGGAACAAGGGGAUUUUGAAGCAGUGAAAAGGCUAGAUCCAACUUUCCCUCCAAGGUCCCCUGCAAUAAGGAGGUUCAGGCCACAACCAAUUGAGGUUAAAUCAUUGUCCAAAGAAAUACAGAAGCAAGAGAUACCCACGCACUCUGCAGGAAAAAGCAGGCCUCAAACUAUUGAAGUUAAAUCUAUAGCUAAAAAUUCUCAAAAGCCAGCUGUGCCUCCAAAACCAAUCUGCAAAUUUAAACCUGCAGAUUUAGGAGCAAUUCCACACGAAGCACAGAGACAAUCAGCAACAACAUCAACUGUAAAAAUACAAGGUGAGGAGAGGCCUCAAACAAUUGUAGUGUCCUCACCGACAAUCUAUAGAAAGAUCUCUAAUGAGUCAACAUCAAACUGUACAAGAAAACUCGCUGUAUCUGCAGUAUCGAGCCUCAAACCUCCAUCUUGCAAAACAGCAACAGCAACUCCCAACUUCAGUGUCUCAAGCCAGUCAACAGCACCAUCAGAGACAGAGGCAUCUCAUGACAAGAGUCAGCCGCAGAAGCCAGGGGCCUCAGAUCAGAGCUGUAGUCAUACACAAAGACCCUCCAACUUAAAUACAGUCUCAACAACAGCCACUGACCGAGGUUUAACCUCAGCUCCAGGUCCAGUUUCUGACACAAAAUCAAACCAAAUCCUUGGACCUGCCUCAGCUGGAAUCAACCAGUCAUGCCCGCCAGCAGUUAUGGACCCAGCCAGCCAACCACAGUAUCCCAGGAUGACAUAUCCCCAUGAACACAUAACUUCAAACAAUACAACACAGCUUCCUGCUGUUUCUACAAUGCAGUUUCUAGGAAACGCACAUCAGCCAUGCCGCAGGUCAUUCUCCAUUGAGCACUCCCAAAGGCCAGAUGAGCUGCAUUUUUAUGCAUCAGAUGACCCUCCAAGUUAUGAUGAAAGAGAGAGUUUCAGUCCCCUCAUGCUUCCAGAUCUAACAUCCAGGAGGUCAAAUCGCUAUCAACCCUCCUCCCUUCCUCCUCCCUGCUCUUGCACAGCUGGCUGUCCUUCCCACCCCGGUCUCACUGCUCCUCACCAUCAGUGUAGCCCCUGUAACCUCACCCCCCCUGCUCCACCACACUCUCCAGGUCAGGCACUGCCUUACCCUGUGGCUCAGCCACCUCUCCGUCCCCACCAGUGCAGAUCUGACCCUCAGCAAAUGAUCUACCAGCCUGGCUCUCCCAAAUCAAGUCCUCUCACCCAAAGCCAGCCACCAGCCAUAUACCAGCCUCUCCACCAGCCUCCUCCCUGCCCUCCCCAUCCCUCACUCAUGCAGGCCUGCCCUGCUGACCGCCAGUUGCAGCCACCCCAGCAUACUGACUCCCGACGGCCUCCUGUCCACAGAUCACCCCAGCAACAGCCACCAGGCAUGACUGGGGCUCCUUACAAUGAUCCCAGCCACAGCCACUCUCCUGGCAUUCCGCCUUUGGAUCCUCAAUAUCUGUGUGGCCCUCAAAGCCUGGGGCCUUCCUAUGGCUCUGAAUAUGGAGGUGACAGCUCCAGUUUGUACUCAGAAAGUGGCUACGGACAGACACCUCGUAGAGUGCUCCUGGAUCCUGACACAGGGAAGUAUUUUUAUAUCGAGAUGCCUGUACAGCCGCUGAGGAAAAUGUUGUUUGACCCAGAGACUGGCCAAUAUGUGGAGGUGCUUAUUCCACAGCAAGCAAUGUCACAUGCAGGACUGUUUCCUUCAUCAGCAGCGCCCUACCCAUCUCUCCAUAACCCCAACAUGUAUGCCCCUGCUCCGCAAUACAUGCCCUAUGCAGCUCCUCCUCCUCCUCCAGCCCAUCCCCAGGCUCAGCCCCAGCCACCCCGAUAUCCUGAGGCCUCUGCCACAGCAACAAUGCACACAAGUGGACCUGGGGUCAGCUACAGGAAUCCCUCUGGUCGGCCAACCAAGCCAGAGCCCCAGAACCAUCCACCAUUGGACCAGAGCUACUUAGACAGUAUGUAUUAUGUCCCUACAGGGAUGAAUGCAAGUCCCAAUCCCACCCCACCAGAGUAUUACCACAAACAUCCCCCUAACCUACCCCCAACAGGAGGGAAAAGGUCCUGAAAUAGAGGAUAGAGGCCGCCCUCCUGGAGCCUGUUGGGUUUUAAAUACAUAGUGUAUAAAGGGGGUGUCUAAUGUUAGCCUGUAAUGUUAUUUGAGUUUUGACAUUGCGCCUGAACACAGCAAUUCUUCAGUUGUUGAUUAUCUGCUGCUGCUUGUUCUGUCCUAGGAUGCUUUAAUAGAGCAAGACAUUAUUCUUAAGUUGAUACUUUUGAAAACACAAAUUUAACAUUUUUUAUGCAAUGUUCUUUAAGAUUAUUACCUAAAUCUAAAAUCAUCUCUUAAAAUGCUUGUUAUUUUUGAUGCAAGGUAAGAACAUCAUACUGUAUGUUCACCAGUAAUGUACAGGUACUGUAAAUCAACAGGUUUACUGUUAUACCGUUCUGUAUACUUUAACAUUAAUUAUCUCCAAAAAACUUGAAAAUAUUGCUUUCAAAGAACCUCAUGUUUCUUUUAUUAUUGUGUUUCUCUAAUACUGGAUCAGUGAGUUUGUGCACAUGAUGUCUGCAACAAAAAUGCCAAUAAAGUAUGUUGUAUA